AUGAACCGACGAGGGAAGCUCUACGGCUCUUUGUAUUUCAACAAUGAGUGCAAGUUCCGGGAGAAUCUCUUGGCCAACAACUAUAACGCCUACGAGUCGGUGGCGUACCCGCGCAUGUUCAUCGGCCUGAGCAAGAACGGCAAAACAAAACGCGGAAGCCGAGUGUCCCCCGCCAUGACGCAUCACAGCCGCCUCCAGGGGGAGCCAGGUGAACUCUGGAGACACAACAGGAAAGCCUCCCUCACGCCACUCUGUAGUUUCGACAUUGUGGCCGUAGUGGGUGUUCUGCUGAGCACUGGAGUCGCGUGCGCGCCUCUCGCGGAGCACGGGGCGGAAGCGGCGCGCGGCUGGGCGCAGGUGGUGCGGCGCAGACACCUGUACGCGGCCAGGACGGGUCUGCACCUGCUGAUCAGCGCGGACGGACACGUGCACGGCUCCGCGGACCAGAGCCCCUACAGUCUGCUGGAGAUCACUCCGGUGAGCCCGGGCUGUGUGGCCCUCAGAGGAGUCGAGUCUGAUCGCUUCUUGUGCAUGCGUGAGGAUGCCUCGCUCUACACUUCGAGCGCCUACACGAGGGAGGACUGCUCCUUCAGGGAGCAGGUGCUGGCUGACGGAUACAGCGCGUACUCGUCUGACGCACACGGGCUCCUGCUCAGCCUGGGCACCCAGCGCCAGAGGCACAGGGGGCGGGACAGAGGAGCGCCAGCUCUGGCACAGUUUCUGCCCCGGGUCAGCUCUCUGGAGCUGCUCACUCAACUGCGCUUCCCCCCAGCUGCCCUGCCUCCCACCACACAACCUCAGGAGCCAUUGGAGCACAUGGACUCGUUUGGAAGGCUCUCUCAGAUUAUCCACAGCCCCAGCUUCCAUGAGAGAUGA